AUGGAUAGUGAUGUGAAUGCAUUAUCAUGUGGCGAUAGUGAUGCGGAUGCAUUAUGUGGCGAUAGUGAUGUGAAUGCAUUAUCAUGUGGCAAUAGUGAUGUGAAUGCAUUAUCAUGCGGCGAUAGUGAUGUUAAUGCAUUAUCAUGCGGCGAUAGUGAUUUGAAUACAUUAUCAUGUGGCGAUAGUGAUUUGAAUACAUUAUCAUGUGGCGAUAGUGAUGUGAAUGCAUCAUCAUGUGGCGAUAGUGAUGUGAAUGCAUUAUCAUGUGGCGAUAGCGAUUUGAAUACAUUAUCAUGUGGCGAUAGUGAUGUGAAUGCAUCAUCAUGUGGCGAUAGUGAUGUGAAUGCAUUAUCAUGUGGCGGUAGCAAUUUGAAUACAUUAUCAUGUGGCAAUAGUGAUGUGAAUGCAUCAUCAUGUGGCGAUAGUGAU